UUGGAAAGGACAGUACAUCCCACGCAGUGGAAAGAGUGCAUCAUUACGAUUUUCAUCAUCUUGUCUGCGUACUCUCCGGCACUAUGAAAAUGCACACGCGUAAAGAAGAAGCCCGCUGAGGACGAAUUUAUUUGGAAACAAACUUUUGGAAUUUCCUGCAAUUUUGGGACCGCUGCCAAUUCUUAACUUAAUCUUGUCCGUAGGCUGUCAGUUGUUUUAACACUUCAACAUCAGACAGAAUGUACUGCCACAACCUGGUCCUUUUUGUAUUUAUGUAUUCCCUCACGCUACUGAUGAUGAUGUGCCUGCCACCAGCCUCAGCGCAGAAGUCGAAUGGUCCUCGGUGGCUUAUAGGGGACAGAGAGAGCCCAUGUUCCCCUCCGUGCUCCAGGAGUCACGGCAAGCCUGUGUGUGGGUCAGACGGACGCAAUUAUGAUACCAACUGUGACCUGGAGAGGGCGAAAUGCAAGGACCACACACUCACCCUGGCCAACAGGGGCAGAUGCAAAGGUAAAAACUGGAUGAGGACAGAUCAGCCUCUUCCUGCGCCCACACUUGUUUCAGAGGUCAAAGAGCUGACAGAAGCAGGCCAGACGAAAUGCCGGACUGAGAGGAUUCAGGCUCUGGAACAGGCCAAGAGGCCACAGGAAUCAAUUUUUAUCCCAGAAUGCAAUGACGAUGGAACAUUUGCCCAGGUCCAAUGUCACACCCUCACAGGAUACUGCUGGUGCGUGACGACAGAUGGCAAGCCAGUCAGCGGCUCUUCUGUCCAGAACAAAACGCCAGUGUGUUCAGGAAACUUCCGUGAAUUUAUGGGAACUCAUGCUGGGACAAGUGGAUUGUCAGGAACCGAUAAGCCACCAGGACCUCCUAGCUCUGGCAGAAAAGUCUCUUUCCGUUUCUUUCUCACCCUCAAUCCAGAUGAUGGCUCCAAGCCCACACCAACCAUGGAGACGCAUGUUGUCCCAGAAGGUGAGGAGAUUACAGCUCCGACGUUGUGGAUUAAGCAGCUGGUGUACAAAGAGAACAAACAGAACAGUUCAAACAGUAGGAAGUCAGAGAAAGUUCCCUCUUGUGACCAGGAGAGGCAGACCGCUCAAGAUGAGGCUCGGCAGAACCCGCGGGAAGCCAUCUUCAUCCCUGACUGUGGCCUGCAGGGCCUCUACAAGCCGGUCCAGUGCCACCAGUCCACUGGUUACUGCUGGUGUGUGCUGGUGGACACUGGGAGACCCAUACCUGGAACCUCUGCAAGGUAUAAGAAACCAGAAUGUGACAGUGCGGCUCGUUCUCGAGACUCAGAAAUGGAAGAUCCUUUUAGAGACAGAGAUCUGACGGGAUGUCCAGAGGGAAAGAAAGUGGAAUUCAUAACCAGCCUGUUGGAUGCCCUUACUACUGACAUGGUGCAGGCUAUCAACUCACCAACCCCCUCUGGUGGUGGGAGGUUUGUUGAGCCUGACCCAAGCCACACACUGGAGGAACGGGUGGUUCAUUGGUACUUUGCCCAGCUGGAUAAUAACGACAGUCACAAUAUCAACAAGAAGGAGAUGAAGCCCUUCAAGCGCUAUGUGAAGAAGAAAGCCAAACCUAAACGAUGCGCCCGCAAGUUCACCGACUACUGCGACCUUAACAAGGACAAGACCAUCUCCCUUCAAGAACUCAAAGGAUGCCUAGGAGUCAAUAAAGAGGGUAGCACUACAAGCAGCAGUCAGGGGACAAGUAGGUCGUCUGGUCUGAAGACGGAAAGUUCCAGAAGAUGAGGCAGUAGCACAAAGCACAGUGGGAAGGCAUCUGUUCACUGCUGGAAGAGUACAACGAAGGUUUCUGAGAAAUUAUUAAGAGGUUCCUUAAAAAAAAAAAAAGAUGAAAACGAUAUCAUGGAGCCAAAAUAUUUGCACUUUCUCCUCCCAUUUUUAGACAUUUUAUUAUGUCCUUUGUGUUUGUGUAAACGUCUUAUUAAUAUGACUAUACUAUGUCCUAUGAUAUGAGAACACAGACUGUAAGUGUGAAUGAUUACUUGCUUCCUUCCACAUUUUUAGCACAUCCACGCUAAAUCCAGACAGUAUUAUAGUUGUGUUUGAAUGAGACAUUUUUGAAUGUCAUUUAAAAAAAAAACAUGCAUUCUGUUUUGAAAUUAGCUUGUCUUUAAAUGCCUCUUCUUCGGUUUGCUUUUGUUUUUGAUAAUGUCCACUCAACCAGUAUGUUUGCUCAUUUGUUCACCUUGGCAACGGAUCUAAUGGAGCAUUGAUAGUGAAAAAGAAAUGGAGCGAAAUCGUUUCUGUCAACAGACAUUAGCUACGGUCUCUCAGACCUGCACCUAAGGACACUAGUAAUGCACACAUAACCAUCGCCUGAGAAUUAGCAGUAAGUUCCACGUGGUUUGUUCAGAAGUCAGAGGUCAAAAACACUAUCACGCAAAAUUAGUAUGGUAAAUGUCACGAAACACUUAGCUUUACUAUCUUCAAGUGGAUUAUUCAGUAAGUACAUGGCGUGUCUCACAUAGUGUUCUGUUGUUGCUGUUGUUUUUUCGUAAUGCCUUUAUCAAAUCUUGAACCUUAAAAUGACAAAUAGUGCAGUAACAAUUAGUGUUGUAAGUGCUGUAGACUGAUGUGUGCACAGAACUAAUCUAAUUUAGAAGUGCUUUUCAUAAGAAAUACUUCUUUCCAUACAUCAAUUCUUCCCGAGCAGGGUAUUUGCAUACACUUUUUGGACAUGUACUAUGGUAUUCUUUGAGGUACCUGGGAGUGACAUGUAAAUAGCAUGGUAAUCAUUCAGUGCCACUGUAUUUUACCAUGGUAUUACCACAAUGAUGUUGUUGUUUUUUUUGUAGGAUUCCAUUUUCUUCUCUGGGUAGAAAAGGAUUGUGUAUAUCAGAAGGUUUGUGUAGGUCUUACAAUAAUUCAGUGUAAAAAAAAUAUAUAUUUUUUUCUCUGAGCUUAUGUCCUGUCUGGUGUGAUUUAUUGUUAAGCAUCUGUGUUAGCUGGAGUGUGUUCAAUAGCAAUGAUUUGUUUCUCAGCAAAGGUAAUCAACUAUAGUUAUGUUGCAGGAAUGACUAUGAGAAAAGGGUAAUUGAUUUACAUUUAUUGAUUGUUUUAACAUUGUAAUUAAAGUUAACUUCUGUGUCAUCAUUGACUGGGCUUUGAUAAUGGUACUUUCUUGUUGAUUCCAAAAGUGGAACUUCCAAACUCUUGCAAGAAAACAAGAAAAUUGUAGAUAUAAAUAAAUUUACCCCUUAUUUUGAUGACUAUACAUUUCCACUUUAGGAAAUAUUUGUUUUGUGGCUCUUUACGUUUGGUCCCCCCCCCCCUUCAUGUAUGUAUAUGUGCGAGUGUUUUAUCUUUCUGCGUGUGUGUUUUUGCUUUUCGACAUGUACUUGGAAGCCAUUACUUUGGCUUAAAAAUUGAAUUAGUCAAGUUGUAAAUAUUUAUCAUAUGUGCUUUUUUGUUUUGUUUUGUUUGUUUUUUCUUCAAUUCACUCUUAAGACUUCAAUUAGAUUAGAUCGUAGAUUAAAUUGUUAGUAGGCAGUACAAAUCAUAGAAAAAUGUAUAUAUUUUUCUUUUUUUUCUGUUCAUCCCAAUGUAAAAAUGAGAGUCAGUGACAAUACACAAAAGAAAAAAAAUCUGUCUACUUGUUUUUCUAACAUUUUCUGAUUAUCUGCAUCAUCAUAAUGUAGAAAUGGCAGCGAGUGACAAUACACACAUGCAAAAUC